AUGUCCUCCACCGUGAACAACGGGGCUGCCAGCGUGCCGUCCCCACCCGACGCGGCGAACGGCUUCCCGCAGCCGGGCGCCUCGUCGGGGGCCUGGCCGCGGGCAGAGGAGGAGCUGCGCGCCGCGGAGCCCGGCCUAGUGAAGCGCGCGCACCGCGAGAUCCUGGACCAUGAGCGCAAGCGGCGCGUGGAGCUCAAGUGCAUGGAACUGCAGGAGAUGAUGGAGGAGCAAGGGUACUCAGAGGAGGAGACCCGGCAGAAGGUCAGGACUUUCCGGCAGAUGCUGAUGGAGAAGGAGGGAAUGCUCACCAGGGAGGACCGGCCUGGGGGCCACAUCGUGGCGGAGACCCCGCGGCUGAUCGAGGGCGCCGAGCUGGGCCUGGAGUACGCUCCCUUCGACGAGGACGACGGCCCGGUGGACUGCGACUGCCCCGCCUCCUGCUACCGCGGGCACCGGGGGGACAGGACCAAGCACUGGUCUAGCAGCUCUGCGUCGCCCCCUCCCAAGAAGAAGAAGAAAAAGAAAGGCGGCCACCGGAGAAGCCGCAAAAAAAGGAGACUAGACUCUGAGUGCAGCUGUGGGAGCUCCUCACCCCUUCGCAAGAAGAAGAAGAGUGUGAAGAAACACCGCCGAGACAGGUCUGAAUCUGGGUCCCGGAGGAAGAGGCGGCACAGAUCUCGAAGCCCCAAGAGCAAAAGAAAAGAAAAGAACAAAGAAAGGAAAAGGCCGCACGCAGAGUCUCCAGGCCGCAGGUCCCAUCGUCACAGCAGCGGCAGCUCCCACAGCCCCUCCCUGUCCUCCCAUUACAGUAAUUCCAGAUCACCCAGCAGGCUAAGCCCCAAGCACCGAGACGACGGGCGGAAGACGGGUAGCCAGCGGUCCAGCGGGAGCCGGUCGCCGUCCCCAUCCGGCGGCAGCGGAUGGGGGUCGCCCCAGCAGAACGGUGGCAGCAGGCAGCGGAGCGGAGCGCACGGGGGCCGCCCGGGCUCAGCGCAGAGCCCGCUCGAUAAGCCCAGCUCGCCCUCACCCAGGGCCCGCGACCAGGCGGAGGCCGGCGCAGCCACGCCGCCCGCGCGGGGGAAGGAGAGCCCGAGCCCGCGCCCGGCGCCGUCGUCGCGGGGCAGAGGAGGCCGCGCGGCGGGCGGGGCGGCCAGGCGGCGGCGGCGGAGGCGGCGGAGGCGGCGAUCGCGGUCCUCGGCUUCCGCGCCCCGCCGCAGGGGCCGCCGGCGCGCCCGGCCCGCGCCGCUCCGGGGUUCGUCGCGCUCGCUCAGCAGGGCCCGCUCCAGCAGCGACUCGGGCGGCGGCGCCCCCGACCCCGGGCCCGAGCCCGGCUCCGAGCGAGGCCACGGCGGGCACGGGAAACGGGCCAAGGAGCGGGCCCCGCGCGCCCGGCCCGCCAGCACCUCGCCGUCCCCGGGCAGGCACGGCGGGCCCGAGGGGAGGAGCUCGUCGCGCAGCCCGGGCCCGCACCCGCGCUCCUGGAGCUCCAGCCGCUCGGCCUCCAAAUCCCGCUCGCGCUCGGCGGAGAAGAGGGCCCGCAGCCCCAGCCGCUCGCCGUCGCCCAAGAAAACCCUGGGUCGGGACAAGGACGCGGAGAGCCGCGCAAGGCACGCCGAGGCCGAGGCCGCCCGCGCCCGGCGCCGCUCCCGCAGCUACUCGCCCAUCCGCAAGCGGCGCCGGGACUCGCCCAGCUUCAUGGAGCCGCGGCGCAUCACCAGUGCCCGGAAGCGUCCCAUCCCCUACUACCGACCCAGCCCCUCGUCCUCCUCCAGCUGCCUGAGCAGCGACUACUCAAGCCGGAGCCCCAGUCACAGCCCCAGCCCCGGCCACAGCCACGGAAGCUACAGCAGCCGCAGUCGGACCCGCAGCCGCACGCGAAGUCCCUCCCAGACCCCCACUCCCAGCUACCACAGCCGGAGCAGCUCAGAGAGUGGGGGCUUCUGA